CAUUGUGGGUACAACAUGGGGUGAGUUGCAUAAGUUUGCUCCUGGAGGAGGCGUGCAUGGCUCUGCCCCCCCCGGUGGUCCUGCUGCAGCCUCCCCGCGGUGAUGCAGGGUAUCCGCGGCCUCGCCUCCCGCCGGGAGCUCGGGCUGCUGGCGGCCGGGAUGCGCGCCUGCAGGAGCGGCUGGAGCUGCCGGCAGGAGCCGGUGUUCUGCCCCGGGCGGAGGCUCCUGCUGCCCGGAGCCGCGCAGAGCCGCAGCUCCUCCGGCUCCCCCGGCUCCUCCGGCUCCCCGCUGCCGCCGCGCGGCUCUGGCCGCCGGCCCGCCAUCUCCGUGGUCGGCAUCCCCGACCCGCUCACCUGGAUCCGCUGUAAGGUCAUCAGCCUCCUGGUGGAUCUCUACUUCCAGAUAGACUUAAACUCACAGGAGUUUGAAAGUGGAGCAAAACAGGCUUUGGUCCUCGUGUCCAGCAAGAUGUCUCGAGGGAGAUACCACGAGCUGGUCGGGCUCGUGUCCAAGGAGAUGGUGGAAUAUCUGGAGGACAAGUGCAAGUGUCUCCCCAGCGCUCAGAGGACGGAGCUCGCUGUCGGCAUGGACGACAUCAUCUUCUCUCUGCCGGAGGACGUUUCCGUCGUCUUUGAUCAGCACGGAAGAAAGUUCUGCUCCGUCGCGAUGAGAUUUUGGCAUCUCUCGUCUCACGAAGGUCCGGACGACCCGGAAGGUACAAAAAUCUUCAAAGUGGGCGCUGGCGAAGAGGAUGGCCCGAAGAAGAAAAUCUCAACCGCAGUGUACGAGUUCCACGGAGAGCUGACACACGGGGCGCAUCCUGAGUGGACGAUCACCACCGUGUGGCACUGGAACUGGAGGCCGGCGGAGUGAUGUCAUUCAGCUUUACCCAGACGUCCCAGGAUGCAGCAGGAAACUGACCUGCUGGGAUGAAUUCAGAAAAAACAACAUCCCCAACAUGCAGCUGUGUGACGAACGGCCCAUUGGGGUUCGGAUGCAUCGGGACCUCUGGCGACGGAGCGGCGUGGACGUCUGAACCCGCUGCGCUACUUGACCGGCCCUUCGAUGCCUCUAACGGCCCUCUCCAGUUAUUUUAUGCAGGUGUAAACAUUUGUACGAUAUUUUUUUACCUUUUAUUUAAACAUUUUCUUCUUUCUCAAGCUUUUUCCUUCACAUUUUCUCAGAUGUUUUUUUUUUUAUAAUUUUACCAGCGAGAAAUGCGUUAAACAAUCAAUCAAGUUCUCCCCGUUUGCAGUCACCAGUAAACUGGAUGUGAAUCGUUCCCUACAAAGAUGUGAAUGAAAGCAUGCAGGAGAACCAAUGAAUGGGCUUGACGUUAACCUUUUUGUUGAGCCAUUUUUCUAAAGUCGAGACUGUUGCUUGGUUACACCGAGUUUACGGUAACUAGCAUUAAAGACCGGCUUGAUCGCAGCACAAAACUGCACAGACGGGCUUUAAGUUCAGGCAGUAAAUCUGCUGUACUUCAGCCUUGAGCCAUGUGAAAUAAGUCUGAUAUUCCUCUGAUUCACAGCCCUCUCCCCCGGUACAGAAUGUACCGAACCAGUCACAACAGGGCAGGGGUGGGCUUUGUGUAAUUACUCGCAUUAAUUAUUCAAAACAACCAAGAUGGUUGCAUUCACGUGCUCCGUUACUCUGAUUUGUCGCUAUGGUACUGCCCUCUUCUUGGCUCGUUGGUACUGCCCUCUGGAAAUCAAAUCCAGAGGAAAUAAAUGACAUCUGUCUAUCGAAGAGGGAAAUAAUUAGCAUGGCUGGCUAGUGCGGCCCCACCGGCCGUCACAGUCAAUCUGCAUCCACAUCGAGUCUCAAGCUUCGAUGGGA